AUGUUUAGCAUUUGGCUGCUUUGUUAUUUAACGCUUGGAACAAUUCCCGUGUUCACUGUAUCGGGUGGAGGAAACCAGCUGAGUCCGGAGAACAGUUUAAUAUGGGGACCUGGUCUGAGUGCAGAUGUUGUCCUCCCUGCUCGAUAUUUUUAUGUUCAGGCUUUGGACACUGAAGGGCAGAGGUUUACUUUCUCGCCAGGAGCAAAUACAUUCCAGGUGAAGAUCACUGCUCCUGAUGAGCAGUUCACGCGGAUAGGAGUGCAGAUAUUAGACAGAAAAGAUGGCUCCUUCAUUGUGAGGUACAGAAUGUAUGCAAGCUACAAAAACCUGAAGAUAGAAAUCAAAGUCGAAGACAAACAUGUUGCCAAGUCUCCAUAUAUUUUAAAAGGCCCUGUUUACCAUGAGAAUUGUGACUGCCCUCGCGAAGACAGCACUGCAUGGCUGGAAGAUAUGAGCUGCCCUCAAGCCAUUCCACAGAUUCAGAGAGACCUAGCACAUUUUCCCACUGUUGAUCCAGAUAAGAUUGCAAAGGAAAUUCCACAACGGUUUGGACAAAGACAGAGCUUGUGUCACUAUACCAUAAAAGAUAACAAGGUUUAUAUAAGGACCCAUGGUGAGCAUGUAGGCUUCAGGAUUUUCAUGGACGCUAUACUACUUUCUUUGACUAGAAAAGUGAAAAUGCCAGACGUAGAGUUUUUUGUUAAUUUAGGGGAUUGGCCUUUAGAGAAAAAGAAAUCUACUCAGAACCUUCAUCCCAUCUUCUCAUGGUGUGGAUCCACUGAAUCAAAAGACAUUGUGAUGCCAACCUAUGAUUUGACUGACUCAGUUUUAGAAACUAUGGGCCGAGUCAGCCUGGACAUGAUGUCUGUCCAGGCCAACACUGGGCCACCCUGGGAAGACAAGAAUACUACAGCAAUUUGGAGGGGACGUGACAGCCGCAAAGAGAGGCUUGAACUUGUAAAACUCAGUAGAAAAUAUCCAGAUAUCAUAGAUGCUGCUUUCACAAACUUUUUCUUUUUUAAACACGAUGAAAGCCUUUAUGGUCCCAUUGUGAAGCAUAUUUCAUUUUUUGAUUUUUUCAAGUAUAAAUAUCAAAUUAAUAUUGAUGGCACAGUAGCUGCAUACAGAUUGCCUUACCUGUUAGCAGGAAACAGUGUAGUACUGAAGCAAGACUCCUUCUACUAUGAACAUUUUUAUAAUGAGCUGCAGCCCUGGAAACACUACAUUCCAUUUAAAAAUGACCUGAGUGACCUACUGGAGAAGCUACAGUGGGCAAAAGAUCAUGAUGAAGAGGCAAGGAAUAUUGCAAAAUCAGGGCAAGAAUUUGCAAGGAAUAACCUCAUGGGAGAUCAUGUAUUCUGUUAUUAUUUCAAACUUUUCCAGGAAUACGCCAAUUUACAAGUGAGUGAGCCAAAAAUCAGAGAUGGCAUGGAGAAGGUAGAGCAGCCUGACGAUGACCUGUUUCCAUGUAUUUGCCACAGAAAGAAGGCCAAAGAUGAACUCUAA